CACUCCUCGCUGACAGUCAACAUGUCUCCCCCAAGAGAGGCUCUUCGUGUAUCUCUCGAACAAGAUGUUGGGGAAUCUCAAAAAGCCGACAUCGAUGAGGUCAUGAAUAUGAGGCCGGGCACGCCAAUGGGUAGCAAACUCUCAACUUCGGAGCUUGGGGACGAGUCGGCUGUGGACACUAGCGCGUAUCAUCUUCCAUCUUUCCUCACCGCCCCUAGUACCCGUGUCCGUCGUCGAUCCGAGCUCGCGUUCACUCGUCCUUCGAAGCCGUUGUUCGAAGACCGGGCAGAUACAUUCGAGCUCCCCGCUCUAGCGUCCCAUGUACUUGAACGCUCGAGAACCAUACCAGACAAUGUGCCUGAGGAGCCUGAGCUCGAUAAGGUCGACUCGGAACUGGCCGCGAGCUCUGGCACGACUCCUGCCCCAUCGUUGCAUUAUGCAGACGACGACAAUCUCAACCAAACCUCUGCAGCCCAGAGAGCUAGAUACCGACACUUUGGGCGCCUUCACUUCUUCGCAUGUUGCUGGUGCUUUUUCUUGGAAGGUUGGAACGAUGGCAGUACCGGACCCCUUCUUCCAGCCAUUCAAAAACAUUAUAACGUGGGCUUCGCUGUAGUGUCAAUGAUCUUUGUUCUAAACUGUGUCGGCUUCGUUACUGGGGCGACUGCCAACGUACAUCUCAGCGAUAAGUUUGGAUUUGGAAAGGUCAUGGUUUUAGGGUCCCUUUGCCAGAUUGUAACUUACGCCAUGCAAGCACCCGCGCCACCUUUUCCCGUCAUGGUUAUCUCAUACGGCAUUGCAGGCUUUGGCAUAGCUUUGCAGAACGCUGGGGCCAAUGGAUUCGUUGGAAGUUUGAAAAAAAACACGGGCACUAAACUCUGUUUUCUGCAUGGAUCGUACGGAUUUGGAGCUUUCGCCGCCCCUCUAGCUGCCACGCAAUUUGCAGAAAUGUCCCACUGGUCCUAUCAUUAUUUCAUUUCUCUCGGGAUUGCUGUGUCGAAUGCUGCUGUCCUCGCUGCCGUAUUUCGGCUUAGGACUCAAGAUGAGGCCAUGGCCGAGGCGGGCGAAGCGGCGGGCGAGGUUGGAACCGAGCAGGCCAGCAAGUAUCGUCAGAUUUUGGGCCUCAAGGUCGUGCAUUUCCUGGCCUUGUGGUCUCUGAUUUAUGUGGGCGUAGAAGUAACCCUUGGAGGUUGGAUCGUGACAUUCAUUAUUCGAGAACGCCAGGGUGGACCUAGUGCAGGUUACAUCUCAUCUGGGUUCUUUGGUGGUUUGACGCUUGGCCGUAUCGCCCUGAUCUGGUUGAACAGAAAGAUCGGAGAACAGCGCGCCCUAUUUGUGUACUCCUUAAUCUGCAUUGGGUUGGAAGUCACAGUCUGGGCUGUUCCUUCUUUGAUCGAAAAUGCUGUUGCCGUGUCCUUCAUCGGUCUUCUGAUGGGGCCAAUGUAUCCGAUUCUCGUGAAUCAUGCUCAGAAUGUCCUUCCACGCUGGCUUCUUACUGGCUCCAUUGGAUGGAUCGCGGGCAUUGGGCAAGCCGGCUCUGCCAUCCUUCCUUUGAUUACUGGUGUCCUAGCAUCCAAAUUCGGAAUCGGUUCACUACAGCCCCUAGUCGUUGCUAUGAUGAGCACUAUGACUGUCAUAUGGGUGCUCAUACCUAAAACCCAACGUCGUGUCGAUUAGGUUUCAUUUUUCGAGCUCUUUUUGAUUACAUUUGGGGCGGGAGCUGGUUUUGUGUUGUAUUUCAUUAUGUUGCACAUUAGAGCGUCGAAAUUCAGGAAGCGCUGGUACGCACUUGGUUGAGAUC